AGGCGAUGAUCCCGGCGUGUGAAGCGGCCACUCGAGAAAUGUUUAGACAGGUAUCUUCGGCCCUCACAGAAAGGACCGACACCUACAUCGACGUCAUCAGGACCCAAUCGCAGCAGUUUUCUGUCGCAGGAGAUGUCGGGAAAAGCUUGUCGAAUACUGAGUCUGCCGUUCAGCAGUUGACGCAGCGCUUGGGCCAAGUGAGCGAAACACUCGACAUCACUACUUCACAGACCGCAAACGUGUUAACGGCAGUGCAGGACUCCAAGACGGCCGUACUCAUGGGCUUGAAAGCACAGCAACGCACUAAAGCAUCAGCCAAUGUGCCAGAUAUGCUUUCACGACAGUCGUCUUCACAGUCUGUAGUGCGUUCAGGAUAUACUACUCCCACUGCUAUCCCGAUACCGCAACAAGCAUCACAGCACCUCACACAACAGCAACAAGCGCAGCCGCAGCAAAUACAGCAACAACUACAACACCAUCAAUCACAACCACAGCAGCAGCAACAACGACAAGUACGGAAUGACUAUGGCAAUUCGAAUGCACAGCCGAUGAUGUACCAACAGCCGCCACCACAGCAACAACGACCGCCACAACACCAACAAGUACUACAACAACAACAGCAACAACCACCGCCACAGCAAAGGCAGUCUGCAGCGCAACCCCAAUCUAAGCCAGCACCCGGCGAAACCCCGGAAGAUCUUUGGGCGGCUAUUAACAAACUUUUAUUGGCCGAGAAGUACGAAGGGGCUUUCAACAAAUCUCUGAAUGCGGUGCAUCUACCCACACUGGAGCGCCUGUGCACUACAUUAGACAUGGAACGCAUCCUGAAGAGCCAGCCACCAGUCAUCUCACAGCCCGUCCUCUUGUCGUUGAUUCAGCAAUUGUCUACAAAUCUCAAGACAGGCACUGUCAUGAAGCUUUCGGUGGUCCGAACUGCGUUGGUGAGCCUGGAUCGCAACGACAAGAUUGUGCAGCAGCAUAGAAUGGGACUACUCCAACAGGUUUCUAACUCGUUGAAAGCUUUCAAGGCGGCAUCACCAUACCAUCCGGCAAUGUCGGAGGUCGAGCGGCUUCUUCAAGACACUGCCUACGACCGACUUUAAAGAACUGAGACGAAUUAUUAUAAAUGUACAUAGAAUUCUUAAGACUCUUUUGCCGAGGUGUAUACGACUAUGCUGGUUGUCUUGAGAUAAUUUUUGCGAACUCGCAGUUUAAUAAAUAUGACAGAAAAUUGGA